UUCGUCUAAGCAAGUACUACAUAAGUUUGGUAUAAAUAAAAAAUAUUAUUAAUGUCGGGAAACAUUUUUUUAUUGCAACUCUUGAUUUCGAUAUUAUAUUUUGCCAGUCUUUUAGCGCAAGAAGGUGAAUAUAAAUUUUCUAAUAGGGAUGCCGACUACUUGGUUGUUAAUGACAUGCAAUCAUGGGAAAAUGCUAAGAAAUAUUGUAAAGAAAAGAAGCAAAUGCAACUAGUUUCUUUCGAGACACAAGAAAAAAUGGUUAAAUUCAUAAUAAAUUUGUAUAAAAGAGACUUUCUACAAAGCGGAAAAGUACAUCCAAACAGUUCUUUUGUAUUCGCUUAUUGGACAUCUGGCAACAAUCUAGCAGACCCCAAUAAAUUCAUAUGGGACACCGUUCAGAUGCCGGUGGAAUAUUUUCAUUGGCUGAAUAAGCACGAAGAAGCACCUGGGGGUCAGGGCUGCAUUUUAAUGGGCCUGAAGACUUUUGGCCGCUGGACCAAUGCAUCGUGUGAUAUGCCUAAUCUUUUUAUCUGCGAGAAGCCUCAUUAACUAUGUAUUGCAAUUGUAAAAUAAAAAUUAUUGUACGAAAAUUGAGAAAUUAAAAAUCAAUAAUAAAUAAGAACAGACAAUA